AGACCAAGCACACGCGAACCAAUGUGCAUCUCACGAGCGCAGGUGAGCCAGCCUUCUUCCUUGAUUGACUUUUGCUUGGGCAAACACGGACAGGUGUAACCGGGGAGACACGAAGAGCUCCGCGUUCAGCCCGUGGAUUUACUGAGUCAGAACCCCACAUUGAAGUUAAAGUAACCGUGCUGUGACACCUGUAUGAAGACCUAAGCUACUACUCCAGGACAAGACAUCUCACUUUAAGGAGGACCGCAGUUUCGCUGAAAACAUGAAGGGGCACCUGCUACUACCUCUGUUAAUAGUCGUAUCCGUCAUCGUGGUAGGGUUGAUGAAAAUACGGCAAAGGGAGCACGACAGAGAAAACAGACAGGAUAGAUUUCAGACUGUCAAACUGCGGGUAACCAACGAUGUGUUGGGAGACUACCAAAACGAAAAAACUGGGAAGCAGCUCCUGGUGGAGAGGGCCGAGGUGGAGAUCAAAAAGCUGAAUGAGGAUCAAGAAAAGCUCAAGACCAAAGAGGAAGCGACCAAAGUAGAAGCAGACAAAUGCCUGGCAGACAAGACAUCUGAGAAAUCUGUCCUGGACACUGUACUGAAAGAAUUCACUGAUGUCACAGCUGAAACAAAGAAGGAAAUGGCCAGCUGGAAAAACGAGAUUGAAUUUCUUCAAAAGCAACUAGCAGCACGAAGUAAAGUUUGUGACUACUUGAAGCCAGGAACUACAGAAGUUAGUCAGCUGUGUGGCACACCUGCAAAAGAAGCUAAGGCAGAGGCCCCAAAAGAGGAGGCUAAAGCAGAGCCCCCAAAAGAGGAGGCUAAAGCAGAGCCCCCAAAAGAGGAGGCUAAAGCAGAGCCCCCAAAAGAGGAGGCUAAAGCAGAGCCCCCAAAAGAGGAGGCUAAAGCAGAGGCCCCAAAAGAAGAGGCGAAGGCAGAGGCCCCAAAAGAAGAGGCGAAGGCAGAGGCCCCUAAAGAAGAAGCUAAAGCAGAGCCCCCAAAAGAAGAGGCUGCUAAAGAGGUUCUUAAAAGAAGAUGAAAUGCCUCAACCUACAGUAUGUUUGCCACUUUACAACACCUUCCCUGUGCAAAACCCCUUUUUUUUUUACAUGUUUUCCAGUCUCGCAAGUUACGGCAGUCAGUUAAUGUCACAAAAGCUGUUGCAGUCUUUAAAAAGUUGGAAAAACUAUGCAAAUUUAGCUGAUGCUUAGGGGAUACUCAUGAGUAUCUUUUUACAAAAUGUUAUUUAUUUUACGUUACAUUUUGAUGUGGUUUAUGUUUAUGUUUGUGUGUAUGUGGGCCUAAAAUACUUUAUUAAAAUAUUCUAACAUGAUGCAA